UUGUAGCUAGUGUACACACUACACAUAAAAAUCUUACUAGUGAAAGAUAUGCAUAUUCACUUGUCCUAUUCGUUUUCCACACUAUAAAUACACAUUGUCUUUCUAGGUUUUCUUCAUUGCAGUAGCUCCUCUUCUAGUCAUUUAUUAACAUAUAGGAGGUGCACUAAGGUGUUUGGUCCCAUCCUCAAAAAUGAGCUACCAACAACACUUUUCUAUGGGUUCUGGUAGUAGACCUGCUAGAAGGAACUUUGAAUUUGGGAGGACUUAUGUGGUGAGGCCCAAAGGAAAACACCAGGCCACUAUAGUUUGGUUGCAUGGUCUUGGUGAUAAUGGUUCAAGCUGGUCCCAGCUACUGGAAAAUCUCCCUCUUCCAAAUAUUAAAUGGAUUUGCCCAACUGCUCCUACUCGUCCUGUGGCACUGCUGGGUGGAUUUCCUUGCACUGCAUGGUUCGACGUUGGAGAAAUCUCAGAAGAUAGCCCAGAUGACUGGGAGGGUUUAGAUGCUUCAGCAGCACAUGUAGCAAAUUUACUGUCUACUGAGCCAGCUGAUGUUAAAGUUGCUAUUGGAGGCUUCAGUAUGGGUGCUGCAACAGCCCUUUAUUCUGCAACUUGUGCAGCCUUGGGACAGUAUGGUAACGGUAAUGCGUAUCCUAUCAACCUCAGAGCAGUUGUUGGACUAAGUGGCUGGCUUCCAGGUUCAAGGAGCUUAAGGAGCAGAGUCGAAGGGUCACAUGAGGCUGCAAGGCGUGCUGCAUCGUUGCCCAUUUUUCUUUGCCAUGGAACAAGUGAUGAUGUAGUCCUCUAUAACUACGGAGAGAAAUCUGCUCACAGCUUGAAUACAGCAGGAUUCCGAAACCUGAUUUUCAAAUCAUACGAGGGGGUUGGUCAUUACACAGUCCCCAAAGAAAUGGAUGAGGUUCGCAAUUGGCUCACAGCCAGGCUGGGGCUUGAGGGCUCCCGCUCUUAGUUGCAGAACAGAAUCAGCUUCGGGUUGGAGCUUAUAAGGAGAAAGAACAGGGAAAACAAUAACGGGAAGAGGAUGACUGGAUUUGUAUAAGUAGGUAGUAAUAGAACAGGUUAUGGAGUUUAUGGUAUAGAUAAUAUAACCUUCCUAAUUCCCUUUUGCUUUCUUUCCUGACCUUAAAAAUAAAUCUUGCACGUUUUCAUUUUGAUUGUAUAAUUUUGCAGUGUUGGGUCUAAUCACUUCUGCUUGCUCAGCAUUUUGUAUUGGUUAAUCUCAUAUUCAGUCUAGUGAGUUUUGCCUA